AUGGCGGCAGGGGCCACGGCUGGAGCCUGGGUGCUGGUCCUCGGUCUGUGGGGGACAGUGGCAGGCUGUCAGAACGUCACAGCCCCGAUCGGGAAGCCGCUGGUGCUCAACUGUAAGGGUGCUCCCAGGAAACCACCCCAGCAGCUGGAAUGGAAACUGCACACAGGCAGGACAGAAGCCUGGAAGGUCCUGUCUCCCCAGGGGAGCCCCUGGGAUAGCGUGGCUCGAGUCCUCCCCAAUGGCUCCCUCCUCCUGCCGGCUGUGGGGAUCCCGGAUGAGGGGACUUUCCGCUGCCGGGCCAUGAGCCGGAAAGGAAAGGAGAUCAAGUCCAACUACCAAGUCCGAGUCUACCAGAUCCCUGGGAAGCCAGAAAUUGUCGAUCCCGCCUCGGAACUCAAGGCUGGUGUCCCCAAUAAGGUGGGGACAUGUGUGUCUGAGGGGGGCUACCCUGCAGGGACUCUUAGCUGGCACUUAGACGGGAAGCCCCUGAUACCUGAUGGCAAAGGCGUGUCUGUGAAGGAAGAGACCAGGAGACACCCUGAGACAGGGCUUUUCACACUCCAGUCAGAGCUGACGGUGACCCCAGCGCAGGGGGGAGCGCCCCACCCCGCCUUCUCCUGUAGCUUCAGCCCCGGCCGUCCCCGGCGCAGAGCCCUGCACACAGCACCCAUCCAGCUCAGCGUCCAGGGCGAGCCCAGAGCCCCGGAGCCUGUGCCUCCAGAGGUCCGACUGGUGGUGGAGCCGGAAGGCGGAGCAGUGGCUCCUGGUGGUACGGUGACCCUGACCUGUGAAGCCUCCUCCCAGCCCCCUCCUCAAAUCCACUGGGUCAAGGACGGCACCCCCCUGCCCCUUCCCCCCAGCCCAGUGCUGCUCCUCCCUGAGGUAGGGCCUCAGGAUCAAGGAACCUACAGCUGUGUGGCCACCCACCCCAGCCAUGGGCCCCAGGAGAGCCGCGCUGUCAGCAUCAGCAUCAUCGAAACAGGCGAGGAGGGGCCAACUGCAGGCUCCGUGGGAGGGCCUGGGCUGGGAACUAUAGCCCUGGCCCUGGGGAUCCUGGGAGGCCUGGGGGCAGCCGCCCUGCUCAUUGGGGCCAUCGUGUGGCAAAGGCGCCGCCGCCGAGGAGAGGAGAGGAAGGCCCCAGAAAACCAGGAGGAGGAGGAGGAGCGGGCAGAGCUCCAUCAGUCCCAGGAGCCGGAUGCAGCCGAGAGCAGUGCAGGAGGGCCUUGAGGGGCCCCUGGCCACCCCAUCCCUCGGCUCCCUUUUCUUUUCCCUACCCUGUUUUGGCCCCAGACCAUUUCUCCCUUGUAUAACCUCUGCUCACCUCACCUAACUCCCUUUCACAACCAGAGCCUCCCACAAAUAGCGAUGAGUAAA